AUGGCAGCCUUCAACCUAUUUAUUAGUGACAAUGAUUUGGUGGAUAUAGGUAUGACUGGUCGACAGUACACUUGGAGCAAUAAGAGGGCUGAGAGUGAACUGAUUCAAGAACGUUUAGACAGAGUGCUAGUGAAUGGGGGACUGUUGCAAUCCUUUUGCCACCCAACUGUCCUCAGGCUCUCUGAAAAUGGUUCAAAUCAUGUCCCUCUGCUGUUGAACACCAACCCUCAAGUGGAAAAAACAAAGAGACAAUUCAAGUUCCAAGAGAGAUGGUGUAGUGUAGAGGAAAUAAGGAGUAUUAUUAGGGAAGCUGGACCUCUCCAGUUGAAGGUUCACCAAUGUAUAUUCUAG